AUGGGUCGCUGGGGAUGGCGCCUCUUCGAAGGCGAUCGGGACAUGGACCUCCUUAGCGAUAUGCUCCACUACACGGGCCAGGCCGACAAGAAAUGGUUCUGGAAUCUGGAGGACACAAUCUUGGGCCCCGAAACCGCCACCACGCCCGCUGCCCGAGCACACAUGUUGCGACAUGAGGUCCUGCCAUAUAUCCGCCAGAAGCUCGACACCGACGGCCUCGGGGAACAGAUGCUCGCUGCGUGUCGCGCCAAGGAGGGAGACAAAGAGCUCUUCGACCCCCCCAAGUACACAACCAUCAUCAUGGGGGCUUUGAUCAUGCGGGCCGGCGGCCGGAUCAGUUCUGCCUCUCUGGAGCAUCUCCGUGCGCUGGUCCCGCAGGUGACCUGCAACGCGCGCUAUGUGUUGCCCUUGCUGACGAGGCGUUUCGCUCGCCGGGUCGCGCGCAGUUCUUGGCUGCUCUGGAUCAUUACCAGGCUGGGAUGCCACGAAGCUUCGAACUGCUUCCACUGCGGUCAGAUCCAAUCGGAUAUGGGACACGCGCUUCGCAGGUGCGGCAAGUGCAAGGAGGCUUGGUAUUGUGACAAGGAGUGUCAACGCGGCCACUGGCGCGACCACAAGCACGGUUGUGUCCGCAUGGACGAGCGUCGUAUGCUUAACUUCUAG